UCCCGCUUCUGAUCCAUGUUCGAGAGGAACACCAAGUCGAGGCUGGAAAGCCAUCCAGGGCUGACGUCAGAGGCGGCCGGCCUGCUCACCGACGACCUCAUCCUGGAGAUCUUCUCCCGUCUCCCUGCCAGAUCCCUUCACCGCUUCAAGUGCGUCUCCGUGUCCUGGCGCGACCUCAUCACCGACCCCGCAAACCGCAACAAGCUGUCCCAGACUCUCGCCGGCUUCCUGUACACGUUCCCCGGCCGCAGGGACCACCACUUCGCCAGCGUCUCCGGGGACGGUGCAGCCCCAUUCGACCUUUCCCUCCCUUACCUGCGCAAUGACAAGGACGAUAAGGGCAUCACCCUCGUGGACGCCUGCAAUGGUCUUCUUCUCUGCCGUCGCCACAAGAAGAACAAGGCGACCCCUUCGAAAGAGGAUGAUUUCGGUUUUGUGGUGUGCAAUCCCACCACAGGGAGGUGGGUGGAGCUGCCCCCACAACCGCAGGCGCCGCCGAGAAGAUAUACCCACACCGCAGGCCUGGCUUUUGAUCCGGCAGUAUCGUUCCAUUUCCACGUUCUUCAUUUUGAAGAGACCUAUACGGGGUCUUACAUCACAGGAGUGAACAUCUACUCGUCGCGAACAGGAGCAUGGAGUCAUAGGGACAGCAGUGGGAUGGUUGAGAAAGUUACCCUGUUCUCUAGGAGUAAAUGUGUCUUUGCUGGAGGUAUGAUGUACCUCAUGGGCAAUCUGGAGGAGAUGAACGGAGAGUAUGUGCUGGUGGGGGUGGACAUGGAGGGGAAAGUGUGGAAGACUAUCCGCACGCCGUAUGGUCGAAGAUUUGGUACGAUUGGAUUGUCUCAAGGGUGCUUACACUAUGUUGUAGCUUCUGUCGGUGAUUACGAUGCAAUCCAGGUUUCUGAGAUAGCGCUCUGGUGCCUCAAGGAUCGUGAUAGUAAAGAAUUAGUCCUGAAUCAUACUGCCAACAUCAAUAAGCUUAUGAGCAUGACUGAAAAGAUGUACAUGGUGGCUGAGAUUCAUCCAGAUUGCGACACCAUUUUCUUGGUUUCAUUUGGUGGUGAUACCUUGGCAGCGUACGAUAUGCGACAUCAGAAAGUUGGUUGUAUCCUUAAUCUUGAGAAGAACACACGAUGGUUUCUACCUUAUGUUCCUCUAUUCUCGGAAUCAUUAGCAGAUGAAGAUUGUCGGUAG